UACUGAACUCGACACACUAUAAAGGAAGAGGACCUAUUUGUAAAUUUCAGAAAAUGGAGCGACUGUAUGAUCAAACUCUUUUGGAAAUGGAAGCGAACCCCUCUCUCUUCAAAAUCCAAACAGAAAUCAUGGGCAAUGAAGGUGGAAAACGACGGUAGCACCUAAAAGAAGGCUAUUCUUGCAGCGUUCUUCCGAAAUUAGAUCCUGGUCUCAUCACAAAGAAGGGGGAAAAGAGCUCAAAAGAGAGAGACUUAGGCUAGCUUUGCAUUUUGGACCAUGUUCGCCACUGCAAUCAGGUGCAUUGCCAAGAAACCCAAGCCCAAGCUUAAACCAAUAGAGCUGAAGACCCCACCUGAACAAACCCAAACGAUCACACGGGUCCUAUUCGAUAUUGUCAAGGAGCAUGGCCCGCUCACCAUAUCAGAAACGUGGGAACAUGUUAAGGAUGUUGGAUUGAGAGGAUUAACCAGCAAGAGGCACAUGAAAAUACUGCUAAGAUGGAUGAGGGAGAGGCAGAAGUUGCGGCUAGUCUGCAACCACGUCGGCCCCCACAAGCAAUUCCUCUACACCACCUGGUUCACCAACCCCAAAAUCAUGCCACAGCCCAAAUCAAGAACGGAUUCUUCACAUUAAUGCAAACAGGGAAAUCAAUCCAAAUUGCCAAACCUCUAUGGAUGGCCUUGAAGGAGAAUUGGAGUUUGGGAAUACUGAUUCACUGCAUCCAAGUCGGAAUGGUGAUCUCCAAGAAGAAGAAUAUAAGCUUGGCUACGAGGCCCAACAACAUCGUUAUGCGCAACCAAUAGCUAGAGGGGUGAACAACCUACGAUGGGAUCAUCCAAUUUAUCCCGAACGAGGAAGGAAUACUCGCUCUUCGGAUCCUGCUAAGCAUGUCAAGAUUGACAUUUUAGAUUAUGAUGGUAAUUUGGAUCCCAAGGUGUUCAAUGACUGCCUAAAGUUAAUGGAGCAGUAUUUUCGUUAGUACAAAAUGAAAGAAGUUGUCAAGUUACGUUUUAUUGUCCUGAAAUCUAAGAGCGCAACUCAAGACUGGUGGUACACCAUUGAAGAAGAUUUGCAACUAUGUGGCUUUCUUCUUGUAAGCAAUUGGAGGAAAUGAAGGCAAGAUUGAAGUGAAUGUUUUUGCCGUUGGAUUAUGAGACGACUUCUUUUCAAGAGCUC